AAUUUUUAUUUUUCUCACAUGUUAAAUUUAAGGUGUUUAACAAAAGCAUCUGAUAAAAAUCAAAUUGCUGAAGAAUAAUAAAAAAUCAAAUAUUUUACCAGAAAAACAUAUUACACAAUUUGAUCUAAAUAAAUUUACAAAGAUUAGUUAUUACUAAUCAAAUUUGUUAUAAAUAAUAAAAUAUGUUACAUUUUAUGAAAUAUCAACAAAUAGGUAACAAAAAUUUGAAUUAUGUCCUUAUUUGGAUGGCCCAAGGAUUUUAUUUUUAGCUUCUAAAAAGAAUUUGUGAUCUUAGUUGUUUUCUUCACCAAAACUGAUCUUAAUUGUUGUUAAUUAUCCAUAAGACCAACUACUAUUAAAAAUCAAGUCUGUAAACAAAGAUGUGUUACUAAAUGUAUUCAAACAGAAAGUGCCCAUCUGUUUAGACAGAGGAUUCGAUCAUCCAACCUCCUCAAAUAUCUUGUUUCGCAAUCUCACCCACAUGCUAUUUUCCUUUAAAUUAUCUGCCUCUGUCGAUCUCUUCUUUUCCAACCCACUUUCUCUUCUCCUUCUCUUGUCUUCGUUGAAUUUUGGGAUCUUACACCGCAGCAAAUAACAACACCGCCAACUAUAUAUUUGUCUUAUUUGUCCUUUUGGUUUUGAUCUUUGUAACAAUCAAUAAGGAAAGUAAAAAGCUUGAAUCUGACUAAUAAUGGGAGACAAUGGAGGGAAAAGAACGCCGUCAAUGAAUCUUGCGGUUCAAGUGUCGAUGAGAGUGUUAGUCAUUGGCACCGCAUUGGCCUCCAUGGGGCUCAUGAUUACUAACCAUGAAGUUGCCUCUGUUUAUGGCAUUGCUUUUGAGGCUAAAUACAGCGACUCAUCAGCCUUUAGGUAUUUGGUGUACGCGGAUAUAGCUAUCUCCGCCUUGACAUUGUUCACGCUCGUAUGGGCUUGUUUAGCUGUCCGUAACCGAGGACUUGUUUUUGCACUCUUCUUUUUUGAUUUGCUUGCGACGUUGACAGCGAUGUCAGCUUUCUCUGCGGCCACAUCGGAGGGUUACAUUGGAAAGUACGGUAACACACACGCCGGUUGGCUUCCGAUCUGCGGUUAUGUACAUGGUUACUGCAAUCGUGGGACUCUCUCACUCGCUUUUUCCUUUGCCUCUUUUCUCCUCUUGUUCAUCCUUACUGUCCUAACUGCCUCCGCUGCUCGUCAUCACUGAAACUAUUUUCUUUACAUUUUAUAUUAUACAAUUUCUAAUAUUCUUAAGAUUCUUCAAUCUUUUUUAUAUACUUAGAUUUUCUAAGAUGAAUGAUUACAUAAAGAAAUUGUAUUGAGUUGAGUCCGUGUAUUAUUCCGUUAACUAUUUGUUUUUAUUUUAUUUUACUUUACUGAUACUCUACUCCCAAUAUAAGUUUUUUUAGAUAAAUUUCGAGAAUUCAAAAAAUAUAUUAACUGUGCGUUUGUAGCUUGGUGGUAAAAGACUUACGGUCAUGAGUUCUGCCACCUAAGUUCGGAUCUCGGCCACCGUCAGUUAAAAUGGAGUGAAUUAUUUUUCCUAGCUCUCCAGUUCAGGUUCGUUAGACGGUCGGGUCUAUUUGGAGGACAUCUGAAUACCAUGAAUACCAGAAUCAUCAAAAGAAAAGAAAAAGAAAAUAUAUAUUCCCGAAAAACAUUAUCAUCAAUGGAUCUCUCCUUUGAAAAUCUAAACAUGGUGCGGACAAGACCAAUAAGGGCCCGUUGAAGUAACUUGCAUUUUGAUUUGGGCCUGUCUUAGUUGCAAAACGUGACAAAACUCACUUGACAAAUGUGGGACCCAUAGCAACAUGUGCCGAAGAUAGGCCUGAAUCCGCAAGAACAAACCUAGGCCACAAAACAAGAGAAAUGUGCUUUUGCGUCUCUUAAAGACGACGCCGUAUCCACGUCCACCACUGCCUCAAAAACAAUUCUCUUCUUGAAGAGAUUACACCUUAUCCAACUUGAGUUUGCAAUAGGAGAAGCCAUUGUUUUCUGUCUCUGACCUGUAUACUAAGCUUCAUCUAUUUCAAUGGCUUCCUUGUCAGCCACUUCUCUAAGCUUCAAAGCUCCCUCCAUACAAUCAAC